GAGUUUCCCUUGGCAGUCAUCCAAGGGCGGGAGUGCUACUGCGGCUACCCCACCAGGCGCUUCUCACUGCAUGACAGCGCAGACGGGCUGCUCUGCAGCAGGAUGCACAACGCCAGCAGUGCCGCCAAGGGAAAAUACUGCCUGGUCUACCAAACACCGGUGCAAGACACCCGCUGCACGGACAGGAAAUUCUUAACCACCAAAUCCAAAGUGUUUGUUGCUUUGUCGAGCUUUCCUGGGGCUGGGAAUACGUGGGCUCGCCAUUUGAUAGAGCAUGCCACAGGGUACUACACAGGAAGCUACUACUUCGAUGGAGCCCUCUACAACAAAGGUUUUAAAGGAGAAAAAGACCACUGGAGAAGUAGAAGGACCAUCUGUGUGAAAACACAUGAAAGUGGCAAGACGGAGAUUGAAAUGUUCGACUCUGCGAUUCUUUUGAUAAGGAACCCGUACAAAUCGCUGAUGGCGGAGUUCAACAGGAAAUACGCCGGGCACCUGGGGUACGCCACCGACCGCAACUGGAAGAGCAAAGGUAACACGCCGCACCGGCACGGGCUGGGGGUGCCCGCUGCCGCUUUGGACACAGUUUGA